CGCAGUCCAGCCCGCCCAUCAUCCCCUUCUGAGCCUGGUGGAGAGCCACCUCCACCGUGUUCACGUGGCUGUGGGACAGCACAUCCCCAUCCCAAGUCUCCAUCUUCCUGCCACUGCUGCCGUCCACACCCCACUGGAAACCCUGUGGGCGCCAUCACUCCUCUUGGAGGCUGCAUCGACCACCCUCCAUGUUGGGUGACACAGGGACAUCUCACUUGCCUCGCAGGUACCCUGCUCCCUUGGCCCGCACCCUCUCCAAGAUCAGCUUCCUCCUGACCCUUCAGGACCAGGCAGCUGUGAUGCAGCUCUUUCUGCUCUUGUGCCUGGCACUCCUCAGCCCUCAGGUGGCCACCUCCCGCCGCUUCAGGGCUCAGAAGAAGCAGCCCAAGGAGCCCAGCACCAGGGACUUUGCCUUCGAUCUCUACAGGGCCUUGGCUUCCUCCUCCCCAACCCAGAAUGUCUUCUUCUCCCCUCUAAGCGUGUCCACAAUCCUGGCCAUUCUGUCCGUGGGGGCCAGGGGCAACACCCAGGCACAGAUCCUGGAGGCCCUGGGCUUCGACCCCCAGCACCAAGCAGUGGCCGAGUUACACUACAGCUUCCGGCAUCUGCUGGUGAGGCUCACCCGGCCCGGAAAUGGCUUCAAGCUGAGCCUCGGCAAUGCCCUUUUCAUCGACGACAGACUGGUCGUCUACAGCAUCUUCCAGCUUAUCAUAAUGACCACAUACCUGGCCAACAUUUACUCCACCCACUCUGGGGACCCUGCAGCGGCCCAGAAGCAGAUCAAUGACUAUCUGGCCAGGCAAACCCAGGGCAAGAUUGUGGACCUCAUCCAAAACCUCGACAGCACCGACAUCAUGGUGAUGGUGAAUUAUAUUUUCUUUAAAGCUAAAUGGGAGAUUGGCUUCAACAACAGAACAACUCAAGAUCAGGACUUCUAUCUGACCCUGGAGAAGAAGGUGCAGGUGCCCAUGAUGAACCAUGAGGAUCAGUACUUGUACUUCCUGGACAGGUACCUCUCCUGCACUGUGGUGGGCGUCCCCUAUGAAGGCAAUGUCACUGCCUAUUUCAUUCUACCCAACAUUGGCAAGAUGGAGCAGGUGGAGAAUAGCCUGAGCACGAAAACACUGAAGAAGUGGACUCAGACUGUGAGGAGGAGGCGGCUCAAUCUUUAUCUUCCCAAGUUCUCCAUUGAGGGUUCCUACCACCUGGAAAAAAUCUUCCCAAAGCUGGGGAUCAGAGACAUCUUCACCCAAGGGGCUGACCUGUCUGGCAUCUCCAAGUACCCCAACAUCCAGCUGUCUCAGAUGGUGCACAAAGCCAUGGUGGAGGUGGACGAGUCGGGAACCAGAGCGGUUUCAGGCACAGGGACAGUCUUCAGCUUCAGAUCAGCCUAUCCAAACUCUAGAAAGAUCACAUUCAAUAGGCCCUUUCUGAUGGCCAUUUUGGAGAACAUGACCACCCUCUUCUUUGGCAAAGUGACCCAGCCCUGAGGUAGGCCCUGAUCCCAGGCCUGCACAGCGGGAGGCAGGGUUGUGUCAUGGCCCAUCUGUCUGCGGCAGCUAGUGAUUUACCUAGGUUUAGUUACUAAUGAGGUGUCAAAUAAUCUUAAGAAGGUUGAUCGGCUGAUAAUCACUUCCUGUCACACAGUUGCAAGACAUAGGUGCCUUGGAGAAACUUUUAAAAGUGGAGAUUAGCACAGAGGGCCAGCAGAGUCCAGGGAACUGGUCUGAACCCACACAGCCUGUUCUUAGCAGCACAGACAGGCCCAGAGUCCAAGACACUGAUGCUCAGUCCAAUGCCAAAAAGCCCUGUGAGAGGGUGGCCCAGCAGGUAAGGCCCACCAGGAAUCACAUUUUCAAGCCUGGUCUCCCAUCUAUGAGGAGCAGCAGCUAUGAGUUCAUCACGGUGUAGAAGAAUACCGGAAUGGGUGGGCAAUGGGGCUACUGUCCCUGCUCUAACCACCUAUGUGACACUCGCAUAACACUGUCUCUCUGGACCUCAGAUUCUUCAUUGUAGGUUCAGGGCAUAGUUCCCAUCCGAGGCCCCUUUGAUAUCAUUAAAAGGCUGAGCUGUUCCAUGCCAAUCCCGUCAGUUUCAGUACACUCGGGAGCCACCCAUGAGUUAAAUAAAGCAUUUGGGCAUCAGGUUGGAAUCGUCCCGAGGUGGGAUUGUGCCACCUCCCAGGUCUGGCCAGUGUGGGAGAAUGGAGGUCUACGGCAAGCAGCAGAGGGUCAAUUGCAGACACUGUGGCUCACUUUCUGAAUUUUAUGUCAACUGCUGCAAUAAAGCAUUUUGCAAAGA